AUGGCAGCGUCUGACGCUCUCCCUCAGCCCGCAGCUGAGGAGCCGGCUGCCUCUCCUGCCCCGUCAUCGAACUCUAACUCGGCAGAAGGUGGGCGAGCCGCUGAGGAUAGCCACCAUGAGGAAGAAGAAGUCUCUCAGGAGUUCGAGUGCGUUAUCUGCAUGAAAAUUCUCCUCUUGCCCGUCACUACACCCUGCGGCCAUAACUUCUGCAAAGGCUGUAUCGAUGAGGCCGUCUCCUACCGCCCGUGCUGCCCACUAUGCCGAUGCCCCCUCCUUCUCUCUGGGGCUGCCGACCCGGUGACAGGGCUCUCCACGGGUUCUGCGCUCCGCGUGAACACACUUCUUCAGCAGCUUCUUGAGAGAAAUUACCCGCGCACAAUGUACCUGCGGCGUCAGUACGAAGAAGAGCGGCGCCAGGAGGCCGCGGCGCGCCGGCGCAUGCAACAGAGACAUCAGGCGGCGCGGCUGCGGGCCCAACACGCGGGCGGGCCGCUCUAUGCCCCACACGGUCCCCUGCGCGACUCCUCCGCGCCCAGGGCCGUCGGGGCAGGAGGCUCGGCCGUUCCCGGCGAAGGCGCCGCGGUCGACGGAGGAAGUGGGACGAGGCGAACGGGGGAGGAAAACCGACCUGAACAGAUUCUAACACUUCUUCGCAUCUUCAACCAGCACGACGGGUUUUCAGGAGGCGCGCGGGGUCCGGGCCAGCCGGGGGGCGCUGCAGGAAGGGCGGCGAGACCGUCGUGGCGAGGAACGAGUCGGGCAGCGGCGGUGGCAGCCCGUGCCGCUCCCCUCUUUCCAGGCGAAUCGAUCUCGCUCCACGUGUACCAAGAAGAAUAUGUCCGGCUUGUCGAGCUUUCACUCAGGAAUGCCCGAACGUUGGGUGUUAUCUACCCGACCCCACCGCAGUGCACGACGCCGCCGUCUUCUCUGUCUCCGUCCGCCGCGCCGUCUCACUCUUGGGUUUCUUCCCUGGUGCAGAGAGUCCUGGGACGCCAGCCUCAACGGGCGUGCACAGACAACGCGGCAUCAGCUGACACUCCGACUUCUGCGUCUUCUGUCGCCAGUGCCCUCCACGCUUCUUCCGUGGCUUGGUCCUCUUCCGCCCGGUCGUCGCCCUCCUCGUCCGACACAGCAGACGAAACUGCGGUGCCAAGGCGCGGAGGAAACGCGUCCGGCUUAUCUGUGUCGCCUCCGGAAUACGAUUCACGCGUCCCCUUUCCGUCUCCUUCCUCGGCUCCGGAGUACGGCUGCUGCGUGCAGAUCGAACAGCACACGCCUCUGGAGCCGGAGGCAGGUGGGGCCCCAGGCCGCUGUCUGAUUCGUUGUGUCUGUCGAAAUCGCUUUCGCGUUCGGAACAAGAUUUUCCUCGAGGACUGGGCCGGACAAGCAGCUGAGGAACAAGAGAGAGGCGUCCCCGCCUCUAGUCUUCCAUACGAGGGGCGAGGCUCUCAGUCCGACGGCCGGGAAGGCAGCGAAGCUGCCUCGGCGGCUAGACUAGAUCGUGAAGUCGGCUCAGAGAGCCGAUUGCUUGGAGAGCCCGCGAGCGACUCGCCCUCGGCUCCAGAAGGCGGCUUUUACUAUGAGAUAGGCUACUGCGAGCCGAUCUUCGACGAAGGCGACAGAGAGGAAGUUCCUGGAGAAGCAGCCGGUCGAGGGGGCGAGGAACCGAGCGCGAGCGACGAAGCGGCUGUCGGGCCGGCGAGCGAAGGAGUUCGCCUCCGAAGGCGAGCGGGCGGUGCGGAGGAAACGACGGGAGAAGAGUUGGGAGAUCCGGGACGAGACCUACACGAGACGUGGAUCGAGAGUCAAAACAACUGGGGGCCUCUGACGCGCGCGUCGGAUCUGGCUCAUGAGCGAGCCGGGGUCGUGCAUGCGCUGGAGGUGUGGCGGCGGUACAGAACUCUUGCCGGAGUCUCAAGCAGGGGCGCGUCAGCGGUGACAGAAGGGAGUGGAGAAGCGUCUGAGAUGCGUAACAGACUGACUGGCGCCGGACCGCGGAGCAGGGAGAUUGCCAGGGAACUUCGGGAGAGAUGCCAGCGCCGUCUGUGUGAAAUCUGCAUCGAGGGCUUGGAGAGGCAGCUGCAGCAAGCCGGAGAUGUUGCUCAGCGUCUCUUCGCAUCCAAGUUCGGCCGGAUUCCAUCUCUGUCGUCAAGGCGCAUGACCGCGUACGACCUGGAGAAGUUCUCCUUCUUUGUCGCAAAAGUUAUCGUUUCCUCGCCUUCAGUUCGCUGGCAGUGGUUUCUCCUAACAGACACAACGCAGCGGCUCCUAGAGCUAACGAAGGUGAUAACCGAGGCUCGAUGGAUGAACAUCCUGGCGCUCAACACGACGCCUCUGUCCAGCCUAUCGCGAUUUCUGCUUUUCCAGGACUUCCAUAGCAAUGUCCUCCUCUUCGUUAUUUUUGUCUGCGCCGUUGUGGUCUUCAAGAUUUGGCCAUCGCUCUUCUUCGACGAUGACUUCUUCUAA